UAUUAAUCAUAUCAAAGAAAAAAAAACGAAGGAUCUGAAAUCUGAACUCAAUUCAUAUAUUUCAUCAUAUAUUCUUUAGAAUUCAAUUGAGUACGUUUUUUAGCAUUCUGCAGAGUUAGCUUCUGUUAGGGCGGCAAAAUAGGUCUCUGCUCAGGGCGACAGUUUGGCUAGAGACGGCCCUGGAGAUAGGUCUCUUUUUCGUCAUAAAAGCAUUUGCUACUUACGUUAAUGAAAAUACUUUUUUUUGAAACCAGAAGCAGAGUUAUUAUUAAGAUGAAAAGACUAACAGAUUUUCAGAAGUAUUAUCAGGCCGUCGCAAGAUAGUCGGUCGCCUAAGACGCCAACAUUUAGGGUUGGCAUUUCAAGGUUAAUCCACAAAAAUCACAUGGGUAGAAAUUCAAAGUACCAAAUGAGCAUGUAAUGCAAUCAGAAACAACAGGAAUCAAAAUUAUUGAAUUUGCAAAGACUAAAUGACCAAAAAAACAAUGAUGAAAUUCUGUAGUACAAAUCUGUGACAUGAUUCUGGAUGUCUGACAAAAAGGUGAGCCCUCACAGUAAUAAAAAUGAUUAUUUUUCUAUGGGCGAGCUCAAUUGGUUCCCUUUCAUAAAAAGCAAACGUCAAAGACGACAAUACAAAAUCAUCCACUAAUCAAUUUGUCAAAAUUUUUGUGUCACCAGUUUCUCUUCAUUAUGUUGUAUCCUUUACAUGUUUGAAGCAUAAUCCAAUCAAUAGCAAAUACCUGAAAUUCAUCGAGACCAUCAAAAAAUGCAUGAUAUAUACUCAUAAAGUUCAAAUGCAAUGAGCCGCUGUCCUAGAGUCCAGGAUUGUACUGCUAAACGUCCUCAACCAAAAGAUACCUGUCCUACCCCAUCUACCUGUAGACCAAAUUGCCCAGGAGGUCAAAAAAGCUGUCCCGAUGAAACAGAAUGUCCGUCUGCGAAAACCCCCAAACCACCUGAUCAAUGUCCUGUUUGUACUCAAACUAAAUCUAUAGUCGUUAAACCACCUACUUGCCCAGCAGCAGCAGGUUGCUCACAACCAAUUGUGAUAGAAGCAGCAGAGAAGUGCAACAAAACUGAUUUAAGAAUUGAACUUUUUAUUCAUCAGUUACCACCUGAAAAAGGAAGCGCUUAUAGGUGUUCUGAUGGAGGUAGAACAGGUUCCAGAACCGCGAUUGACCCUAAUAGAACUCAAUCGGGAGUUAACGCUAAUAGAACAGGUGGAAAGGCAGCAGAUGGUACCAUAGAUGGUGUGAUAGUGGAAGAGAAUAUUGCUGUUAAUAAAGCUGGACUGUUGGAGAGUGCUCCGCCAAAACCCAAAGGACCGGGAUCUGAUAUAGGACCUGAUAGAAAUGGAAGGGUGAACAUGGCAACUGAUACAGAGGAAGAUGGAGAACUUGGCCCAUCAGGGGGCAAGUACGUGGAUCGUAGCACCCAAAUUUGAGGAUGAAUGAUUAACACGCAGUUAUAGCAGUUGAACUUCUAGAAUUAUGGAAAAAAUAAAGAGAUCAAAAUGAUGAUAAUGAAGUCAGGAACAUCGAUGAAGUUGAGGAGACUGAUCCAACAUCCAGAGUUAUUGAGGCCAAACAUGUUUUUCCCGAGGACUAUGAGUGCAAGAGUAACGUGAAGAAAGAGAAUAUAUCUAUGAAGCCACCAAAGAAGUUAGACGAGACCAUUUGUCGUCCUAUAACAUCAAAUAAACUCAAUGAUACUUUGAAGCAUAAAAAAUGUUCUCACUGUGGAAAAUCUAUUGGCCAAUGUCAAUGUUUAUCAGACGAAGCAAGAAAAGAGUUGACCAGAAUUAAUGAAUACAGGAAUAAUGAUGAAACACAGGAAGGAGAAGGAAUAUCUAAAAUACCAGAAAAUGAGGAAUAAGAAAAUUUUCAUGAUGAAACGAUUAAAUAAAUUUUAAUACUAG